AUGGUUUGUGUGCUAGGAAUUGAAGGCUCUGCGAAUAAGAUUGGGGUUGGCAUAGUACGAGACGGGGAAGUGCUGUCCAACCCACGAGCAACUUUUCAUGCACCACCUGGCGAAGGUUUUAGACCGAGCGAAACUGCUCAACACCACCGGCAACAUAUCUUGAGAAUUCUUAGCAAAGCUCUCGCCGAGGCCGAUAUCAAAAAAAACCCUGAGAAAUUGAAUGCUGAUUGCAUAUACCAGAAGGCAGAAUGGGAGCUCCAUUGCAGACUCAUUACCGGUGCUGACAAUCCUGUAGUUCUCUAUGUUAGCGGUGGAAACACCCAGGUCAUAUCCUAUUCACAUCACAGAUAUCGUGUGUUUGGGGAGACUAUAGACAUAGCCGUGGGUAAUUGUCUUGAUCGGUUUGCACGUGUCGUCAAACUUCCCAACGACCCCAGUCCAGGGUAUAAUAUUGAACAAGCAGCCAAGACAGGAAAGAAACUUCUUGAUUUGCCCUACACAGUGAAGGGAAUGGACGUUGCAUUCUCUGGUAUAUUAUCCACUAUUGAAAGUAAAGCACCACAGGUCUUAGCUUCAGGCGAAUAUACAGUCGGAGAUCUGUGUUUCUCUCUGCAAGAGACGGUGUUCGCAAUGCUUGUAGAAAUAACGGAAAGGGCCAUGGCGCAUACAGGAAGCAGAGAGCUGCUCGUUGUAGGAGGAGUUGGAUGCAACAAAAGACUGCAGGAAAUGGCCGAAUCUAUGUGUGCUGAACGUGGUGCGCACCUUUUUGCUACGGACGAACGUUUUUGUAUUGACAAUGGGGCGAUGAUAGCGCAAGCAGGGUGCCUUAUGCACGAGGCUGGGCUUAGAUGCGAGCUAGAGAAAUCCUCGAUAACGCAACGGUAUCGGACUGACGACGUCAACGUUUUUUGGAGAGAGAAGUGA